AAGAAAAAGAAAAGAAUAACUUUGAGGUAAGCAAAGAAAUCUUCUCUUGUCUCCUCCUUUAUAAUAUCAUCACCAGUUUUCCUCAAACUGUUACCCACCAACCAAUAUACCAGAAUUGCCCUCACUGGCUGGUGAAUUAAAAUGAGGUCCCGUCGAACCGCUCCGGACCCUAUGAUGCCCCCCGUGUUCCAAGAUCCAAGGGCAGACGAAUGGGAACAACGUCAAUUGGACAAGAUUAAACAGAGGUAUGAGAAGCAGGAAGAAAUAGUUGCAACAUGGGAAAACGAGCACAAGCGCAAAGCAGAACUCAAGUAUGAAAAGAUUGAGGCUGAGCUGAAAGAGAAGAUGGCAAGAGCUUUGAGGCGUUACGAAGAAGAGAUAGAAGGAAUAGAAGGCAUAUCAAGAGAAGCAAGAGCCCAAUUGGAAAGUGAAAAGAAAAGGGAAGAGCAUAAGGUGAAGGAAGAGGCCAACCAAAUCAGAUUCACUGGCACCUUUCCCGAACAGUCAUGUUCCCUCAUGUAGCCGCGCUCUUUCACAACUGCAAUGUUACAUAGACAAAUUAUAUCGUGCACCCGCCAUCCGGAUGUACCUGCUUUCUUUCAUCUAGGUCCAAUUAACACUAUAUAACUUGAAAGUGUAUGUAUAAUUGUAUACUAACUUCAUAAUGUGCACACUCUGUAUGUAAAAAAAAUAAAUGGGUUUGCAUUUU